AUGGCGGAAGUCAUCCCUGUGACCGAGUUCCCAGACUAUGCCACCGACCCAACGGGCGGCAACCCAAUCACUCAUGACCUCAACGCACCCUAUGAUAAGGGUGACCUCUGCUGGGUGCUAGUAUGCACGAUUCUAUGCUGGCAGAUUACCCCGGCCAUCGGCUUCCUCUACGCCGGAAUGCACCGUAGGAAAUCGGCCAUGACAAUGGUAUUGCAGUCACUCUUCUGUGCAUGCGCUUGUGGCCUACAAUACUGGAUCUACGGUGCCUCGCUGUACCAGUCACGCACAACAAAUCCCAUCCUCGGAGACCUAUCCCAUGCGGCAUUCCACAACCUCUUGGCUUCUCCGUCAUUUGCGAACAGUGAUAUCCCGGAUAUCUUGUAUGCUGCAUUUGGCUUCACUUUCGUGACUGCUACGGCAAUGAUUUUGGCUGGUGCUAUGCUCGAGCGCGGUCGCCUCUGGCCUAGCAUGCUUUUCCUUCUCUGCUGGAACACAUUCGUAUACUAUGUCUUGGCAUAUUGGGAGUGGAACCCCAGCGGCUGGCUCUACAAUCUCGGCCUCUACGACUUUGCAGGUUCCGGUCCUGUCCACAUCGCCAGUGGUUUUGGAGCCCUCGCCUGGUCAAUGAUGCUGGGCCCCCGUAUUGACGACAGCACAUCCACGAAGAAAAGACACAUUCCCCAGUUCAGGGGCCACAACCCCUUAUUGAUGACUCUUGGUACCGUCCUCAUCUGGUUCGGAUGGUUUGCCUUCAACGGAGCUAGUACGGCCAACCUCAGCUUACGGUCCAUCUAUGUGGUUGUGAACACCAACUUUGCUGCAUGUGGCGGUGGUGUUACGUGGGCUCUCUUGGACUACAUGUACAUGAAGAAGUUCAGCUUGGUCGGCUUCUGCUCGGGUAUCAUCUCUGGUCUCGUCGGUAUCACCCCGGCAGCUGGUUUUGUUCUCGUAUACGUCUCGCCUCUUGUCGGAAUCAUCACAGCGAUUUGCUGCUUCUACACUGUUCGAUACCAGCACCUUCUCCGCGUCGAUGACGGCCUCGACAUCUUUGCUAUCCACGGUGUCGGUGGCUACGUCGGCGACAUUCUGACCGGUCUCUUUGCCCACAAAAUGGUACCAGCUCUCGACGGAGUUAGCGGCGACACCUACGAGGGUGGUUGGUGGAAUGGAAACUUUAGGCAACUCGGACUCCAGUUGGCUGGUGCGACGACUUGUGCUGCAUGGUCGUUCUUCGUUUCCUGCAUCCUAUUGUUCCUCAUCAACAAGAUUCCGGGCAUGCACCUACGUGCUACCGAAGAGGACGAGCUGCGAGGUCUCGACUAUGCUUACAUUGAAGACAUCGUCUCGGAUUAUGAUGACGGUAAUAUGCUCAUUCACAACGGGCAGGUGGUGGAGAAUACAACUCCGGCGAGCUUUUCGAAAAGCUCUUAG